AUGUUUAUAAACAUGACUCUAAACUGAGAGUCAAACUCACCAAGUCCAAAGAGCAGGCUGGCCUCAAUAGUCUGGUUCAAGAUGGGAAUCGAUCACAUCUUUUGGUCUUUCAUCCUUUGAGGACGCUCAACUGCGGCUCUGUGACACAGCGCACUGGAUCACAUGCAGACUUGGUACCACCAAGGACAGUGGCGGAUUAAUCGAUAAGUAAUAGUUUUUGCAUUGCAAAUAUGACUACGUUUAUUGGCUCUCUGUUUAUUUUUAUGGAUGUCCUAUUAUAUGCAAAAUUGAACUAUUGCAUCGAAAUAGAUUUUUGCGUACCUGUUCGAUUAGACAAUAAACAUUUAGAAAGACAUACUAUUCGCCAGACGGAGGAGAGAAAGAAUGACCAACUAGUUGUUUUUAAAAUAACGGCAUUCAGUCAAGAAUUUUAUCUCAACCUUUUACCGGAUUCUACAUUUAUUGCGCCCAACAUCCCUCCUCACAGCGGCUCCUUAGCAUCAAAUUCCUCUGCAGCCACAGACCUGAGCCACUGCUUCUACUCUGGCGAUGUCAAUGCAGACCAGGAAUCGUAUGCUGCGCUGAGCCUCUGCAAAGGCUUACAAGGCGCCUUUUCUUACCAGGGCAUGGAAUAUUUCAUCAAUCAGCUUUCGAACGAGAGGGCGAGAAGAACCCACGUCAUACGCCGCCGGGGACGCGACCGGGACUCCAGCGGCAAUUCCACCACGAACAGGUGUGGAGUAGGACCUGGUUUGACCCAAAGCAUUUCAGGGUCUUUUGAGAAAUAUAAACACAUGAAAGGACUGGAGAUGGACAGCCUGACUGAAACUGUAUUGAAGAGCUUGGGUAGAUCAAAAAGGUUUGCCUCCAUCCCUAGGUUUGUGGAGGUUCUUGUCGUGGCUGAUGAGUCUAUGGCCAAAUUUCACGGGGACGACUUGAAACAUUACCUGUUGACCCUGAUGUCUGUUGCUGCGAAGCUGUACAAGCACCCCAGCAUCAUGAAUUCCAUAAACAUAGUGGUAGUGGGCUUCAUGGUGAUCAACGAAGCAGAGAAAGGACCCAAGGUUUCCACCAAUGCUGCCCUCACUCUACGCAGUUUCUGUUCUUGGCAGAAACAUUUAAACAAAUACAAUGACAAGCACCCUGAAUAUUGGGACACUGCAAUCCUAUUCACCAAACAGGACUUGUGUGGAGCCACAACCUGUGACACCUUGGGCAUGGCAGAUGUGGGAACUAUGUGUGAUCCCAAGAGAAGCUGCUCUGUCAUCGAGGAUGACGGUCUCCCUUCAGCCUUCACCACUGCUCAUGAACUGGGCCAUGUCUUCAACAUGCCCCAUGACAAUGUGAACGCCUGCAAGGAGGUGUUUGGGAAGCUCAAGGACAACCACAUGAUGUCCCCCACGCUGAUCCAGAUUGACCGUGCCAACCCCUGGUCUGUGUGCAGUGCAGCCAUCAUUACAGACUUCCUGGACAGAGGCCACGGGGACUGUCUUCUGGAUCAGCCCCAAAAACUGCUGGCUCUGCCUGAGAGCCUCCCAGGCACCAACUACAGCCUCCACCGCCAGUGUGAGCUGGCCUUCGGUACGGGCUCCAAGCCCUGUCCCUACAUGCAGCACUGCUCCAAGCUGUGGUGCACGGGCAAGGCCAGAGGCCAGCUGGUCUGCCAGACACGUCAUUUCCCCUGGGCCGAUGGCACCAGCUGUGGCAACAGUAAGCUCUGCUUCCGAGGGGUGUGCACCGACAAGAACAAUACCAAUAAGACCAAGGUGGACGGUGGAUGGGGGACGUGGGGUGUGUAUGGGUCAUGUUCCAGAACCUGUGGGGGAGGAGUUCAGCUGGCCAAAAGAGACUGUAACAACCCUGUUCCAGAAUAUGGGGGGAAAUACUGCCAAGGACUCCGUGUGAAGCAUCGCUCCUGCAAUUUGGACGCCUGCCCAGAACCAGAUGUGUACUCAUAUGGAUCCACGUUACUAAUAAGCAUACAAUCCAUAGGCAAAAGCUUCCGCGAGGAGCAGUGUGAGGCGUUCAACGGAUUCAGCCUCAACACCAACAGGCUCUCAGCGUCUGUGGUGUGGGUCCCGAAAUAUUCUGGAGUGUCACCCAAGGACAAGUGCAAGCUCAUCUGCAGAGCCAAUGGAACAGGCUACUUCUAUGUCCUUGCUCCAAAGGUUGUUGAUGGAACACCCUGUUCUCCUGACACCUCUGCAGUGUGUGUCCAAGGGAAAUGUAUCAAGGCGGGCUGUGACGGCAAGCUCAGCUCCAAUAAGAGGUAUGACAAGUGUGGUGUGUGUGGAGGGGACAACCAAAGAUGCAAGAAAGUGUCCGGAUUGUUCACCAAACCCAUACAUGGCUACAACUUUGUGGUGAUGUUGCCUGUGGGAGCGUCCAACAUCGACAUCCGGCAGCGUGGCUACAGAGGCUUGGUUAACGACGACAACUACCUUGCGGUGAAGAACCGACAUGGCAAAUACCUUCUGAACGGGAACUACGUGGUGUCAGCAGUGGAGCGGGACAUCAUUGUGAAGGGCAGCCUGCUGCGCUACAGCGGCACCACUAGUGCUGUGGAGAUUCUCCAGGCCACCAGGCCUCUCCAGGAAGCACUGACCGUAGAGGUCCUCUCGGUGGGGAAGAUGACCCCUCCCCGGGUCCGCUAUUCAUUCUUCCUGGCCCGGGAGCACCAUAAGGAGGAGAACAUCCUGAAGAAAAUGGAGAGGAGCCAUUCGCAGAACAGCGUCCUGAUGGACCGCAACAAGGUGAAGCUAAAGGAGUCGUCGCACAAGUCCAUGCCCCCGAACAUGUGGUCGACGGGGGCAUGGGAAGAGUGCACCGUGACCUGUGGGAACGGGCUCCAGAGUAGACUGGUUCAGUGUACGGACCCAGAGGGCAAAACAGCCACGGACUGUGACAGCUUACAGAGGCCGGCUGCCACCAGGGUAUGUGGGGACCCCUGUCCCAUGUGGGACAUAGGCCAGUGGUCGUCGUGCUCCAAGACAUGUGGGAGGGGCUUCAAGCGGCGGCCGCUGCGUUGCACCACUCAGACUGGCAUGCACCUACCCAGAGAGCACUGCUCUGGCAUGAAGAAGCCACAGGAACUAGAUUUCUGCACAGCGCAGCUGUGUUAGAGAAGUUCUAUGUCUGCUGACUCUUUGUGUUGUUCCAGUGAUGCUCUUGAAAAGAAAACCCAUUCGCUGUCCUAUUGGGCUCUGACAAACUCCCGUAGUGCAUGGCAUUGUUGGUAUUUCAAACAGCUAAGGGAAAGAAAGUGGUAGAGAUACAAAAUGUGGGACCAUUUCAGUUGAGUUGGAGUUACUGGCAGUGCCUGAAUACUCGUACUUGUGUCCUAAGUAGUAGGGUUUUUGAGUAUGCGAAAAAUAUAAUGUUUUAUUGUAUGGGAAAUUUCUAAUAUUGAGUGUUUUUAAUGCCAGGACUUCUUUUGGCUUUUAAUCUAAUAUGAAUUCGCUGUACACUAUUGAGGAAGAUGAUCGUGUUUAUUAGAUCCACGUGAGUUUGACAACAGCUGAUAAACAGAAAAGGGGAGGGGCUGUACCAAAAUGAACUAAAGGCAGGGAACAACCCGCCUACUCAUUAGAUGAUACCCUCUCAGUAUGGAUGAGCCUAGUAUGUUGAUAUCUGUUGGUUACUGCAAAUAUUUUGAACAAACAGUGUGUUCUAAACCAUAUGUGGUAAGGUUAAUACAUCGUUUAUUCUUUUAGUUCUUUUAGUAGGCAAGAACAAUGUUGGACACAGCCACAGCCAUUCUACCUCUAGUGAGACAAAGAGUAAAACACAAAUGCACACACAGCACUGGUCUAGGUACGGUCUAUUUACAGGAGGUCUAUAGACUUGCUGUAUUUGACACCAGACACUCAAUCAACUUCAAAUCAGCAACUGGAUUAUGGAGCAGUAUGUUAGCUAUCUUUGAUUUAUUGACAUCUGAAACAGUGCACAUCUUUCAUCUGUGAUUCACCAUCCCCAUCUUUUCCUGUAAUAAUCGUUAUGGUAAUGGGCUUGAGGAUGUAGUCACGAUCCCGGAUCCGGGAUGGCUCGACGCAAGAAGUUAAUGAAAUGUGAAAUGCAGUACUGUAUCUGCAAAAUAUAAGACCUGUUUGGUCCAAUGCACUAGUUUCAAAUUAUAUUUUUGUAUUUACAAUGGGAUUUAAUUAACAUUGUUAAUUGUUAAUCUAUUUACGUACAUUGACAUAAAUUAAAUAUCAUCUAAAAAAUUAAAAAAAAUUGUAAUCUGAACUAUUUGCUAAAGUCUUGUUAAAACCCUACAAUAUACCUUUGUCAGUUUCCAUGAUUAAACAGUUGAUAGUAAUAUUUCUCAUAUGAUAAUUAAAAAUUGUUAAUGAAAUAUCCCAUACACUUGAAAAGAUGAUCAGCAAAUGGCAAUUAUAAAAGCAAUUAUGAAUCGGAUUUGAAUCAAUCCAGUGAUGCAAUAAAGCAGUGCAAAUUUGGACAAACUAUUCAACAUUUUAAGAGAAAGAAACAAUAUGUGUAUAUAUAGACAUAGAGAAUCAAACGCACUGUAUGUACUAUAUAACUAAUGAUUCGUUUCAAGAAAUAAUGUACUUGUAUUGUGCAAUGCAUCAUUUUCCC